AUGAAGAAGUUGAAGGAUGUGUGGGCACCCGACAGAUCACCCAAGGUGAUUGUGACUGAUCGCGAGAAGGCCUUGCGAAACUCGAUUGCGGUGCACUUCCCAGAGGCCGUGAACAAUGUAUGCUUGUGGCACAUAGAUCAAAACAUCCGUGCGGCUUGUUACCCGGCGUUUGCGACCGAUCCUGCGGAAUAUGAGGUGUUCAAGAAGAAGUGGAACGCAGUGAUGUAUUCAAAGGAUGAGGACGCUUAUGACGACGCCUGGGGCAAGCUUCAAAUGUAUCUAGCUGAUCGCGCCUUGGUCCUGGAUUACCUGAUCAAGAACAUCAUUCCUGAUCGGGGGUUGUUCAUGAGACCUUGGAUAGGGCAGACCCCGCAUUUAGGCAAUCACACGACCGCUCGAGGGGAGUCUGCUCACAAUUGGCUGAAGAAACACGUGACCUCACACAAGAAGGACAUGGCGACUGCGUUUGAGAAAAUUGCUGAUACAGUGGACUACCAGGUCACAAGUAUUGUGAAACAGAUAUCAAAAGAGAAGCAGAAGGGGAAUUCCGGUCUGCCGGAAACCUUCCGUCCACUUAACACUAAGGUCUCAAUUCAUGCAAUUGUCAUGCUUGAGCAGCAGCGGAAGCUGUACUUGAAGAAUCGCGACUCAGCGGCCAAGGGGUUGGAUGAUGACGAGUGCACUGGUAGCUUGUGGGCCACGAUGGGUAUCCCUUGCUGGCACAUGUUGGCCGAUAUUUUAGACGAAAGUGGUGUUGUUGAAACAACAAAUAUUCAUGAUCAGUGGAAAUUAUAUUAUACCCCUGAUGAUCCGAAUGCGGAGCCUCCUUAUGACUUUGACGAGGACUAUGCAGCCAUGAAAGAGGAGAUUCUGGCCGACGUGAGGCCUCAAGAUCUCCCUGGUCUUAUGGCCAAGCUGCGCCAAGUGCGGACUAACACAGUUGUUGUGCCCCUGGGUGAGGCACCCACCAUACGAAACACCCGCAAGGGAGCCAAGAAGAAGCGGAAACGAGGAUACGUGCGAGCAGCCGAACGGGACGCAAUCCAUUCCGAGGUGGUGGAGGCCCAAGUUAACGAGGCGCAGGCAAAGAAAAAGGCAGCUAGGGCUAAGCAGGUGAAAGUUAAGGCCAAGCCGAAGGCUACGACAAAGUCAAACAAUUCGUCAUCAGAGGCGACAUCCUGCGAUGAAAUAGGUGAUGAACCUGAUCAGGUCACAAAGAAGAGGAAGCUCCCUUUACGAUCUACCCAAGCAAGAAAGAAGGUCAACUUGGCGGAGUCUAGCGAUUCAGGGGACUCAUCCAGCUCUGCAGAUGAUUCUGAGAAUUCGGUUAAAGAAAGCUCAGGUGGGUCAGAGGGGGAAUGCACCUCCAGGCCUCUGACCGCAGCGGGUCCGCGAGAUGUGCAUGGGUGCUCAAGAGCAGGCACACCAACAGAUCCACCUCCCGCAGGGGGAGUUCCCGAUGGCCCUGAGGAUGCUGAAUUGCCAUCAGGUCUGGAAGAGGUGUUUGCUGAGCUUGCAAAAUCAGAGCAUGUGAAUGCCCCAAAGCGGUUCAAUACGGUAGCUGACUCACUGCCGAACCCCGAAGAACAUCCAAUACCGUCACCUUCGUCCCCUGAGGUGGGCCCCGGUCAUGACACCGUGAUGGCCCCGCCCGGAGCCCCCGUGGGACAAGUUCGCAGACCGCCCGCCCCAAUCACCCGGGGGCAUGGACCGCAGUUCCGCACGUGGCCUGAAGAAGGUACAUGCUUGGGGGUGGAGACAACCAAUGCAUGUAAGGCAAUCCCCACCAAACCCAAACGCAUCAGGCCCAAGAGGAUAUGGUUGCCACCACCUACCGAGGUGACACCAGAGAAUGGUGGUGAAAGUGGCACUGCCGCCAAUGGGGAGACAGGCACUAUAACUCACCCUGGGAUUGUCAACAAUUCCCAAGGGUAUGACAUUGCAGAAAUAUCCCAUGGGGCUCCUAAAGACCCCGACGAUGUUGGACCCCAGGCAGCCCAAGGAAUUGUGACCGACCAUGGGCCACCCCAUGAAGCACCCCUGGUGACUGCACCAAAAGCAAUGGAGGCGUCCCAUAAUGAGCUCCCUGCCUGGGUGCAAAAACAUGUCCAAUCGACAUAUGAUCCACCGGGCGAUGGAAACUGUGGUUACUCUUGCGUGGCGCGCCAUAUGGCACUUGAGAAGCCCGAGAGCUUGUACGCAAAGACCAACGGGUGGUCUCAGGUCCGCCAGGAUCUACUCAACGAGCUCGACAACAACAAAGCGCAUUGGACAAGGAGGUUCGGGAGCGAGAACGAAUACAAGAGGGCCCGUGAAUCCCUUGUCGUCGAUCCCAACUCGACAUCAGUCCCAUAUUCCAAGUGGAUGGAACGCCUGGACAUGGGACCCGUCCUGGCAAACGCAUACAACAGGCCCAUCGUCUUCCUCUCGGCCGACGUAAACAUUGGGUGUAUCACUAACUUACCAAGCUCGAAAGACCCAGACCCUAAACCAAUGGGGCCCAUACUAAUAGCCUUCACACGGGGCAACCAUUGGGAGAAAAUGUGUCCAUGGCUCAAUGGUUGA